AACUGUCCGUCUGCAACAACACAUGACCAUAACACCUACGAUCGACGUCCGAAUGGCCUCGACUGGCCGGUCGCAAACUCGUCGCUUUUGAUCUCCAUCACUUGUCAACCUGCUGCCAAUGGUGAGCUCGGCGGAGCCAUGAAGCUUAACACACCACUUGCGAGAUGGGCCUCAUUCAUUAUUCUCGCGCCGCCAAUGGCCCUGGCGGCAGUGCGACCUCCCUUCAUCGAUCCGGAAUCCCUCCCGAAAGAGCCCAUCUUCAAAGGGCCCUGGGAGCGUUACGUCAAAGCACCGGCAGAUAAAACUCGCAUCGUACCAUCCAGCAUUUAUGGUGUCGAGGGGAACGUCACCACUUCGCUGCGAGCAGUGGAGGUUGGGGCGGCAGCGGCGCAUACGUUUGAAAAUGGUAUCACCAUCGGGCCGGGGGGCGUGUUGACGCUCGAGUUCGCAGAAAACAUUGCUGGACGGGUUUGUUUCGAUGUAUCCUCCGUUGGCAAUGACCCCGAACUCUAUCUAGCGUACUCCGAAUCGUCGCUCUUCGCUGGGCCGACUCCUGACGCCACAACUGACCAACAAGAACGAGAUCUCCCUCUACACUUCGAGUUCGAUGGCAAAACAGACAAGGUUAUUGUCCUGCAAAACGGGGCCCAAGAUCAAGAGGUCUUGCUAGACGAUGAGAAGCCUCUCGACCCAUCUGACAGGAACCCAUAUGAUAAGCCUUGGGUCACGCUCAAGAAUCUUUGGGUCAACUGCACUGCAUUCCCUUCACAGUCGAAUGGACAAGCCUACUCUGGCUACUUCCAUAGCUCCAGCAACAUGCUCAACCGCAUUUGGUACGCCGGGGCAUGGACACUUCAACUCUCAACACUCGAUCCUCGGGAAGGAUCGGCUUUGAUUGACUACAACCGCAACAUUGAUCACAACGAGUCCCCCACAGGGUCAUGGUAUUCGAACUUCACUAUAGCGAAUGGCUCAGCAGUUACGACGGACGGCGCGAAGCGCGAUCGCGUGGUCUGGCCAGGUGAUAUGUACAUCGCCGUGCCCGGAAUUGCCGUCAGUACCUACGACAUGCUUGCCGUACGUAACGCACUCGAUGUGCUCUACGAUCACCAGUAUCCCGACGGCUCGUUGCCAUAUGCUGGUCCUCCUUUGGGGUACCGUGGGGAGUUUAGCGAUACCUACCACCUACACACCCUGCUAGGCACUUACAACUAUGUGAUGUACUCCGGUGAUAUCGACUGGCUCGGAAAGCGAUGGCCCGCGUACCUCAAGGCUCUGAAUGUUAGCAUCGAUAAAGUUGACCACACCGGCCUUCUCCAUGUCACCAGCGGCGCCGACUGGUUGCGUCCAGGUAUGACGGGCCACAACCUCGAAGCCAGUGCUAUCCUCAGUACGGUUCUAGAGAAGAGCAUCAAGUUAGCCAAGUGGCUCGGUGACGAUCGUCCAGCAGCGCGCCCCCAUGGGGUCUGGUCAGGAUUGCGCACCGUCAUGAACGCUGGUAUUCAGCAGCUGUACUGCGAGGACACUGGACUCUACUCGGACAACAUUGGCCGACGAAGCUGCAGAGGGCCAGAACACACCGAUCCUCAGGAUGGCAAUAGCUGGACUCUGAUCUCCGGCGCAACUCAUUACUCUCGCCGUCUGGCCGUUUCUCAAAACCUACGAUCUCGCUGGACGAAGUUCGGCGCACCCGCUGUUGAGUUUCCCAACGUUAUCUCACCGUUCGCGUCCUCCUUUGAGCUUCUUGCCCACUCUGCCGCCGAUAACCAUGAUGCCGCCGUCGAGCUUAUGCUUCUCGAGUGGGCUUACCUACUAGAAGGGCCUGGGUUUACAAACUCGACGUUCGCCGAGGGCUUCAGAAUCGACGGCGACGUGCAAUACCCAGCCUACUGGUCUGCCGCACGCAAUUCCCAUUGCCACGGCUGGUCUUCUGGCCCUACGACUGUGCUUACAAGCGAGAUCCUGGGAAUCCAGCUUCUCGGCCCAGCGGGCUCAGAGUGGACUGUCCGCCCGCACCUGACAAAGUGGCUUGGUUUCGCGAGGGGCGGUUUCGCUACCACCCAGGGCGUUUUCGAAGUCAAACUCACCCGCGUCAUCACUUCAACGUCAUCAACCGCCCACAACCAGCAGGUGCGGCGUCGCGGCCAGAUUGUUGAGAUCACGGCACCAGAACACACCAAGGGAACUUUCGAAUGGGGUCCCUCAUCAACCAAGAUCGAUGUCGACGGCGGGCGAACGAUGGCUUGGGUCGCCUGGGAGGAUGACGAACAAAGUCAAGGCUCAAAGGGAGCCGUUGAACAGCUUGACGUCGUGCUCGGUCGGGUCGAAGCGCCCAGCGAGGAAGAGUGGCAUCGCCAAAGCUUCAUCUACCGCGACGAUACGCGAUUGGUAUAUGACGAUUCGUUCCGUACGCCCAAGAUGGCCGAGCGGAAGGCCGGAGUGGUUGACUGGGAUGCGCUGGAAGCAAACUACGUACGGUCCUUGACGGAGAUGUUUUGA